AUGGAAACCAGAGAAAACUCACAAUUAUCAAUCUACGAUCAUAAUCAUCCGCCAAGAACUACCAAAACCCGUGGCCGUAUCCAGACCCCGGAAGCUGGAAGCAUCCCCAUUUUCCCCGAAGAAAUCAUCGUAGAGAUCCUGUCAAGACUCCCCGUCAGGUGCCUCUUGAAAUUGAGGUGCGUUUCAAAAUCAUGGCGCUCGUUGAUCUCCAGCAACCAUUUCAUCAGAGCCCAUCUCGCAGUUUCAAGAAAAGACACGAAUUUCGGCCGCCACAGGAUCAUUUCAACUGUUUUGCUGCCCUGUUACAGCCUAAAGCAAUGUUCUUUGAACUCACUGCUGUCCGGGCCUGUGGCUAAUGCAGUUGACUUCGAUUAUCCGAUGAAAAAUCCCAACAAUUCAGUUAGGAUUGUAGGCUGCUGUAAUGGGCUUGUUUGCAUAGCCAUUAACGGGAGACAUUUUUUCCUGUGGAACCCAUCUACGAGAAAGCACAAGAAAUUGCCUGAUGCGGAUGAAAGGAUUAAGAGGGGUUUGUUCAUUACCAAGUACGGGUUUGGUUUUGAUGAGUGUAAUGAUGAUUACAAGGUUUUGGGGAUCUUUUCCGGGUUUUGCACUGCUGGUAGAUAUGAGACUAUGGUGCAAGUUUACAGCUUGAGGGCAAAUUCUUGGAAAAGAAUUGAUGUCUUUGAGGAUGGCCUUCCAUUUGAUGACAAAGGGAAGUUUGUGAGUGGAAAGCUUCAUUGGGGAAGGAGGGUUGGAUUCAAUGCUAGGUGGGAGAUUGUCUCGUUCGAUUUAGGAAGUGAGGUGUGCAGAACGGUAGAGCAGCCGAGGUACAUUGAGGGUGGUUUCUCACCGUCAUUGGGAGUUCUUGGUGGAUGCCUGUGUGUGCUGUGUGAUAUUCCCAAAACUAGUGUGGAUGUUUGGAUUUUGAGGGAGUAUGGAAAGAGAGAUUCUUGGGAUAAAUUGGUGACUGUUCCUUAUGAUCUUGGUGAUCCCUGGAAGGGGCCGUACUCGACUCCCUUGUGCAGAGGAGCAAAAGGUGAAAUCUUGCUGGUCUAUGGAUCGAGUUUCAUAGUGUAUGAUCCGAAGGACAAUGCGUUUCAUCGUCCCAAGAUAACGAACUUUCAUACUUUUCUUGAAGCUGAUGCUUAUGUUGAGAGUUUAGUCUCACUUGUCCCUGAUGCUGCACCAAAGAUUCAAAACCAGAAGAAACACGGGUCAUCAAUGAAUUAA